UUGGCUGCCGCUCUGCCUUUGUUCGGCUGCAGCCACUGCCGCAGGGCAGUGGAAGUUUGAGCGCGGCGGCGGCGGGUGCGACCUCGCCCGUGCACCGCAGCCCGGACGGAACGGAACGGGACGGGACAGGACAGGACAGGAGCCGCCGCUUCGCACCCCACCCUGCGUCGGAGCCCGGCCCGGUGGCAGCAUGGACCUGGAGAGCAGAGUGAAAAAGAUGGGCUUGGGCCAUGAGCAAGGAUUUGGUGCCCCCUGUUUAAAAUGCAAGGAUAAGUGUGAAGGAUUUGAGCUUCAUUUCUGGAGAAAAAUAUGCCGCAACUGCAAAUGUGGCCAGGAAGAACAUGAUGUCCUCACAAGCAAUGAGGAAGAUCAGAAAGUGGGGAAACUAUUUGAAGACACAAAAUACACGACCCUUAUUGCAAAGCUGAAGAGUGAUGGCAUUCCCAUGUAUAAACGUAAUGUAAUGAUACUGACUAAUCCAGUGCCAGCCAGAAAGAACAUAUCCAUCAAUACUGUGACUUAUGAGUGGGCUCCUCCUGUGCAGAAUCAGACACUUGCUAGGCAGUACAUGCAGAUGCUGCCCAAGGAGAAGCAGCCUGUUGCUGGCUCGGAAGGCGCCCAGUACAGGAAGAAGCAGUUGGCCAAGCAGCUGCCUGCUCACGAUCAGGAUCCUUCAAAAUGCCACGAGCUCUCCCCCAACGAAGUUAAGCAGAUGGAACAAUUUGUGAAGAAGUACAAAAAUGAGGCGCUUGGCGUAGGAGAUGUCAAACUCCCUGGUGAGGCGGAAACGAGAGCUGCCAACAAGAAUAACGUGAGCAAUGGUGACAGAAGCACUUCGGCUGCUGUAGGAGCGAUGGAGGACAAGUCCCCAGAUCAGAAGGCAUCUCAGUAUUCCUGCUAUCGCUGUAAACUGAACAUGAAAGAAGGUGACCCAGCUGUCUAUGCAGAACGUGCUGGAUAUGACAAAUUGUGGCACCCAGCUUGUUUUGUCUGUUGCACCUGCAGUGAACUUCUAGUAGAUAUGAUCUAUUUUUGGAAGAAUGGUAACCUGUACUGUGGAAGACAUUAUUGUGAUAGCGAAAAGCCCCGCUGUGCUGGAUGUGACGAGCUAAUAUUCAGCAAUGAAUAUACUCAAGCGGAAGGUCAAAACUGGCAUCUGAAACACUUCUGCUGUUUUGAUUGUGAUUGCGUUUUGGCUGGGGAAAUCUAUGUAAUGGUGAAUGACAAGCCAGUCUGCAAACCCUGCUAUGUGAAGAACCACGCUGCGAUCUGCCAAGGUUGUCAUAAUGCUAUAGAUCCGGAAGUUCAGCGUGUGACAUACAACAACUUCAACUGGCACGCUACGCAGGAAUGCUUCUUGUGCUCCUGUUGCAGCAAGUGCCUAAUUGGCCAGAAGUUCAUGCCAGUGGAAGGGAUGGUGUUCUGCUCAGUGGAAUGUAAGAAAAAGAUGAUGUCUUAAGAAAAGAUGUGCACACAACCAGGUGUUGCUGCAUUCCAAAGGCUCUUGCAUUUCUACUGUAAAAUAUAUAGUGUUGGGGCAUUUAAAGUUAUUGAAAGUAUUAAGUAGUAUUUUCCCAAAGAUUUGUUUUGAGUGACUAAAACUUGCUACAUAAUCUUUGUUUCUUAGCCAUAAUAAUGCUUUCUUUUUUGGAAUAUUAUUCCUGAGUCUUAUGUCAUGUGACUUCAUAUCCCAGAAAUGUAAGAAAAAAUGUGGUAUGAACUAUAUACACUUUAAGGGAGCUCUUCACAGUGAAGGAUCUUUUUGUUGUAUCUUGCUUAAUGGAAGAAGUAAAAAUGGAAAUAUUCCAGUUUAUCUUGUUUUGUAUGAUAAAAGUUAACUCUUCCAUUUUCAGUUUCACUAAUGUAUCAUUUUUAUAGUUUCCCUGCUUUCAUCAAGCACUUUAGACAGAAUGAUCAGCUUUACUGUCACAUACAGUUUUGUUCACUAGACCUCAAGGAUUCAGGGAGAAUGAAGCUUAAAAAAGAUGCCUGUAAUCAUUUGCUUGUUGUUGACACAGGGCUUCUUUGGGUAGUGACUAUUCCCACAUCUAGUUCAUAAAGUUAGUGGGUGUCACUCUUAUCCUUUCAGAACUCGGUUCUGUUUUUUCAUGAAUGUUCUUUUCAAAAAUUGUGCCUUCUAUCAGAGGGACGCAGCACACAAUACCGUACGCAUUUCCAAGAAUGUAAUUCUGCAAAAGGAUCAUACUUAGGCUUUUGAUUUUUGAUUUGUAAGUUUUUAACCAAAGUACAAAGAAGUCUUUCCCAGAAGACUUCCAGUAUUCGAGUGAAAAUAAAAUCACAGCUCUGUAUUAGCUUUGCUUACUAGAUAAACCAGAUGUGUGGUUCUCUUUCUUUUCUUGAGAGUUACAAAUGUACAGUAAAACUUGUUAGUUAUUAUUGUGCCAAACAGUGAAUGGAGAGUCUUUGGCCUAAAAAUAAAAAAAUCUAUGCAAGUCUAAUGUUCAACUUUUUUUUUUUUUUUUAUGGUGGCUGUAUUGUAACACUUACAAAUAAAAAUUAAUGUUGUUCACUUGAA